AUGUUGACGGUUGAGAAGCAGUGGAUUAAUGUGCAGCAGAAGACCUUCACAAAAUGGUUGAAUGAUAAGCUGAAGAUCAGGAGUUUGGCGAUCGAGGAUCUGGUUACCGAUCUCUCAGAUGGUGUAAUUCUUAUCCAUCUUCUCGAGAUACUCGGUGGGGAAUCGCUCGGUCGAUAUGCGUCGAAGCCCAAGCUGCGGGUGCAGCGAUUCGAAAAUGUCAACAAGGGUCUGGACUUCAUCAAGGGGAGAAGGAUUCAAAUGACCAACAUCGGAGCCGAGGAUAUCGUCGAUGGAAACCGCAAGAUCAUUUUAGGUCUGAUCUGGACACUCAUUCUUCGGUUCACCAUUAGUGAUAUCAAUCAGGAGGGUAUGACCGCCAAGGAAGGUCUGCUGCUGUGGUGUCAACGAAAGACCGCAUGUUAUGAAGACGUGGAGAUCCGAGAUUUUUCAUCCAGCUGGAACAAUGGUCUAGCAUUCUGCGCCCUACUCGAUAUCCACCGACCCGACCUUAUCGAUUUCGAUGCGUUGGACAAGAAUGAUCACCGCGGCAAUAUGAAGCUCGCAUUCGAAAUUGCCUCGAACGAAAUCGGUAUCCCCGACCUCCUCGAUGUAGAUGAUGUGUGUGACGUGCCCCGACCCGACGAGCGUUCCCUGAUGACCUACAUUGCCUACUGGUUCCACGCCUUCUCACAGCUGGAGAGAGUUGAAAAUGCCGGUCGCCGAGUCGAGAAGUUUGUCAAUAACAUGCACGGAGCGUGGGAUAUGCAAUCGGGUUACGAGCGUCGGAUGAAGGAGCUCCUCCGGUUGAUUCGGGCUCAACGUGACCAAUGGCAGAAUUCUUCCUUCGAGGGAACAUACAAAGAUGUCAAGGAGCAAGCUGCCCAUUUCUCGCUAUAUAAGCGAAAUGAGAAACGUCAGUGGGUGGCAGAGAAAUCUGACUUGGCUGCUUUGCUGGGUAACAUUAAAACAAAGCUGGGGACGUACCGCUUGCGAGCCUAUGAACCACCCAAGGAAUUGAGUCUGGAAACCUGCGAUCAAGAGUGGGAAUGCCUGACCCGAGACGAACACCAGCGCAGCCAAUUGAUCAACGAGACGAUCCGAGAUAUCAAGAAUGCUCUCCGCCGAUCAUUUGCAGACAAGGCGAAUGACUUUGCGUUGACUCUUAAGACUUUAUCUCUGGCCAUUUCAGGACUCGAUGGAGAUGUUGAAGACCAGCUGGACCACGUCCAGAAGUUGAACAUUAACCUGCCUCCACUCGACGCCUUCCUCGAUACCAUCGCCGAACUAGACGAGCAGUGUGCCGAAGCCAAUAUUGAAGAGAAUGAUUUCACCACCUAUACCCUGGACGAGUUGUCCUAUGAACUCAGCCUGGUGAAAUCUAGUAUCUCGAAGAAGCUGGCCUUCCUCGAGAACCAGAUGGUCGCCCGUAACAUGACCAACCUGACCCCCAUCCAGCUGGAAGAGUUUGAGUCGGUCUUCCGCCACUUUGAUCGAGACGCAUCCAACACCCUGCAUGAGCUUGAAUUCUCCGCCGCACUUGCCAGUCUGGGACUGGUUUACGACGAGGAUGAAAUGCACCAGGUCUAUGUGGAGGUUUGUGGGGCAGCCCGACUCUCUCAAAAUGCCGGUGUCAGCUUCGAGCAGUUUAUUCGCUUCAUGGUCAGCGUGACAGAAGACCAGAACACCGCCGAACAGGUAUUCCAAAGUUUCAGGGAGGUUGCCGAUGGCAAGCCCUACGUCACGGAGCUCGAUCUCCAACACUCACUCAUUCCCGACGAAGUCAUCGAGCACCUGAUGAAGACCAUGCCACAGCACGAAGGUCCCGACAUGCUCGAGGACCGUGAUCUCGCCAAAUUCGACUACAUCAGCUUCAUGGAAAAGAUGAUUGAGAAUCAGAAAAGUAAUGAAUAG